CUUAAAUUAGUUGGGUUUGAAAUGAGUCGCAAUUGAGAUCUCUGAAGAAGAAGAGAAAGCAGAGCAGGGAGUGAAAUGGCAGCGGUAGCCAGUCAGAAGCUUCUGGAAUUGAGCACCAAGAUCGUCGCUGUUGGCAGAAACUACGCUGCCCACGCCAAAGAGCUUGGCAACGCCGUUCCCAAGGAACCCGUCUUGUUUCUGAAACCGACGUCGUCUUACUUGAAAAAUGGCGGAACCAUCCAAAUUCCACACAACGAGGCUUCUCUGCACCAUGAGGUUGAACUUGCUGUAGUCAUCGCCAAGAAAGCGCGUGAUGUGUCAGAAUCCUCUGCCAUGGAUUACGUCGCUGGUUAUGCACUGGCUCUGGAUAUGACCGCUAGGGACCUUCAAACUGCUGCAAAGUCUGCAGGUCUUCCAUGGAGUUUGGCAAAAGGCCAGGACACUUUCACCCCAAUAAGUUCAAUUUUGCCAAAGACUGCAGUGCCAAACCCUGACGAUAUAGAAUUAUGGUUAAAGGUAGACGAGGAAAUUCGGCAAAAGGGCUCAACCAAGGACAUGAUCUUUAAGAUCCCUUUUCUAAUUAGCUAUAUAAGCUCUGUAAUGACAUUGUUUGAAGGAGAUGUUAUACUAACUGGCACUCCACCGGGUGUUGGACCAGUGAAAGAGGGUCAAAUAAUUACUGCUGGUAUUACAGGCCUUGUGGACGUACAGUUCAAUGUUGAGAAAAGAGCAAGCCCCAUACAUUCUUCAUAAACCUUCGAUGCCACUUCAGUUCUACAGCAGGUUUCUUGCAGAAGAGAAACAGGGGGACUCAAUAAAAGUUGCUAUAUGGGCUUCGGAGUUCAGAGUCUACAGAUACUGGGCCCAGUAUUUUGUUUUUCAAUUUAUUUAUGGUCUUCGAAUCGGUGCUUCAAUAAGUUGGGUGUGAUGAUGUGGGUGUGCUGUUUUAUAACGUGGAUAAUGGUGACUUAGCCCAUGAAUUAAAAAAAAAAUGAUCUUCAAUUGUCAUGAGUAGAAAGGAUUUGGUGAAUUCUGCUAA